AUGGAGUGCGGCGUCACGUGGCUUCUGUGGCUCUGCGGCUGGUGGGGCCUGGGGAAAUUCGCGUAUGGAGAGCCUGGACCCUACGUGCUCUGCCUCAGCUUGGCCUCGCACUUCCGGAUCCCGCCUCCGUUCGGGCAAGUUCCCCCCUUGCUGGAUGUGCUGAUGACCUUCCUCGUUGGCCACAGCACGUUUUACGCCUGCUGUUUUUGUGGCGUCUUCUUCUUCACCUCGCACUGGCGAUCUUGCUGGCUCCUCUCCUCGGUGUCCUGCGCUGUGCUCAGUGCGCGGCGCUGGCGAGCUCUGUCGCAGCUCGAGUGGCCACCGCAGCCGCGGCCGCCCCAGCCCUGGCUGACGCUGCUCCACCCCUACCUCUACUUCUUCUUCUCCGAGGUGCCGGGGGAGAAGCCGCAGGGUCCGAUCCGCCUCGAGCAGAUCCGCCCUUCAUCGCUCGAAGCGCCAAUCGAUGUCUGGUGGCCGGGAGUUCCGGCACCGAGGGAUGGAUACCCUGUGCUGUUCCUGAUCCAUGGCGGUGCCUGGCGAGGUGGCCACAGGCGGUGCUCGCCACAAGCACCCCUCCUCCAGGCCCUAGCAGCUGCAGGAUUCUUGGUCGUCAGCUGCGAGUACCGCCGGCGGAGGGGUGCACAAUGGCCGGUACAGCUCGAGGACUGCAAGGCUGCUCUCGAGUGGCUCGAAAAGGAGGGCGCCACAUUGGGCGCUGACUUGUCUGAUGUCUCCAUUUCCGGUGCUUCAGCUGGCGGGCACCUGGCGGCGCUGCUUCUGGCCCGAGGCGCCUCUGCCAUCCGCUUCCGAGCCGUGCUGCUCUGCUACCCGGCCCUGGAUCCGGCGGAUCGCACCGGUGCGACUGUGAAGUCACCCUUCUCUUGUAGUAUGCUUGGUGUCGGGCGUGGGAUGAGUUUCCUGGCAUGGUUUUUCGAGGUGUUCGUCCUCUGGUGCGAUCGCCAGCUCUGGGCAUCUGCCGAGCCUUUGGAAGCGCUGAAGGCUGCGAGUCAGGAGCUUGCAGGCGCCUGGCCACCCACUUUGAUCAUCCACGGCGAGCUGGAUGGCGUGGUCCCAGUAGAGCACAGCCGCCAGUUCUUGACACAGCUUGCAGCCAGAGCCGGUGCUCCAAAAGGAGGAGAAGAGUGGCGAAGUAAGGACCAGCUCUUCACCGUCCCUCUCUCUCGACAUGCUUUCGAGAUCGCCACUGGCGAUCUGACGGCAGCGUCCUUCGAUGCUGCGAUCACUUGGCUUGCCCGCGUGCGAACUAAGGAGUAA